AUGUUCCUAUAUGGAAAAGAAUUUGAUUUAGUUACGGACCACAAACCACUAGAGGCAAUAUUUGGCCCCAAAUCCAAGCCGUGCGCCCGCAUUGAGAGAUGGGUUUUGCGACUUCAGUCUUAUAAAUUCAACAUCAAAUAUAGCCCUGGCAAGAAUAACAUAGCAGACCCGCUAUCGAGGCUCUGCAAGCUCUCUACAAACCCACCACAAGUUGGAGUAGAUUACGUGCAAAACGUGAUAGAACAAGUAAGACCGACAGCUAUACCAUUGCAAGAUAUUAUGGCACAUUCUCGCCAAGAUGCGGAGAUACAAGCAGUCAAAAAUGGCCUUUACAACAAUCAGUGGAGUGAUCUCACCAAAGGCUAUAAACUAUUCCAAGAUGAGUUGUGUUUUCAUGAAGACAUCUUGCUAAGGGGGACUAAGAUCGUAAUGCCACAAAAACUUCGGGAUCCGAUAUUGCGUAUUGCACAUGAAGGCCACCCAGGCAUAUGUGCCAUGAAAACCAGACUGAGGACUAAAGUCUGGUGGCCAAAAUGCGAUAAAGAUGCCGAGAACUUUUGCAAGUCGUGCAAAGGUUGUGUUUUGGUCUCGACUCCCAAUCCUCCCAACCCCAUAAAAAGAAGAGAGCUACCUUCGGAACCAUGGGUGGACACCGCAGUGGACCUGAUGGGUCCAUUGCCUAGUAACGAUUACAUCUUCGUGAUCGUGGACUAUUACUCUCGAUACAAGGAAGUGAAGGUUUGCCGGACAAUUACGAGCUCGGAAAUCAUCAACCAACUGAAAGACAUUUUCAGUAGAUUGGGUAAUCCAGUGUCGAUUACGGCUGACAACGGCCGUCAAUUUACCAGUGAGGAUUUCAAAUUAUUUUGUUCUGAAAGAAAUAUUAAGCUUCAUAACACCAUACCCUACUGGCCCCAACAAAAUGGCGAAGUGGAGAGACAAAAUAGGGACAUCUUAAAACGCCUAAAAAUCGCUCAGGCCGAGAAGAAAAAUUGGAAGGAGUCUCUCCGGGAGUAUAUGGUAAUGUACAACAGCACUCCCCACUCGGUAACCGGUAAAACUCCUUCGGAGUUAUUCUUUAGGCGACAAUUCAGAGACAAAUUACCGAUGAUACAAGAUAUGACGUAUAGCUCGGAAGAUUUGGAGAUGAAGGAUAUAGACAAAGAAUUAAAGGAGAAAGGGAAGGAGUACGCAGAUAGGAAAAGGCGAGCAGCGGAUAGCGAAUUGAACAUAGGGGAGAAAGUCUACGUGAAGAAUAUGCAUAAAAACAACAAAUUGAGCCUCAAUUACGAGCCAACAUCACAUACCGUUGAGUCCAACAAAAAUGGAGAUGUAGAAUUGCGCAAUGAUAACACAGGCCAAGUGGUUAGACGAAACAUUCUGCACCUAAAACGAGUAGAAGGACUGUGGAAGGUAGCUAACGAGACUGAAGAUAUAGAUGGAGACGAUUCAAGCAGGAAUGAAACAGAUUCUGAUUAA